AUGACCUAUGACAGCGAGAGAUUAGCGAUGCAAAGUAGAGGAAAACAAAGAAAGAACGAUGUGAAUAGAAGAGGAAGAUUAGAGAAUCUAGCGAUCCAACCCACUAUUGCCGAUGAAAAUGAACAGAGAGGAGAAUGGCAGAUAACUGACGGCGAGGGGAGGAAGAAAGUGCGACGAGGAGGAGGAGAAGACAUUAUUAGUGAUUCUAAAUCUGACUUAGACUCUACAGUUAAGUUGGAAAAUAUGGCUGAAAAUAAUAAUGGAGAGGACCCGAAUAGGCACUUGAAGGAAUUUCAUAUUGUGUGCUCCACCAUGAAGCCUCAAGGAGUUUCAGAAGAGCAAAUCAAAUUGAGGGCUUUUCCUUUUUCAUUGGAUGGAGUGGCAAAAGAUUGGUUGUAUUACUUGCAACCAGGUGCCAUUACAUCUUGGGAUCAAAUGACACAGUUAUUCUUAGAAAAAUUCUUCCCUGCCUCUCGCACAGCUGCAAUUAAAAAGGAUAUUUGUGGGAUUCGUCAGAUGACUGGGGAGACAUUUCAUGAAUAUUGGGAGAGAUUUAAGAAAUUAUGUGCCAGCUGCCCUCACCAUCAAAUACCUGAUCAGCAGCUGGUUCAACAUUUUUAUGAAGGUCUCUUACCAACAGAUAGGUGGUUUGUUGAUGCCGCAGCUGGUGGUGCUUUGGUAGAACUUACUCCAACUGAUGCCAUGAAUCUCAUUUCUAAGAUGGCACAAAAUUCUCAACAAUUUGGGACACGAGCUAACCAAGCAGUUAAGGGGGUGAAUGAGAUUCCAACACCACAAUAUGAUCCUAAAUUUGAGAACAAGAUGGAGGAGCUCUCUAGCAUGGUUCGGCACAUUGCCUUAACACAACAAAAAUUAAUGAAUUCACCAGCAGUGCCAACUUUUCCACAGGCGUAUCCCUCACAGACGUGUGCACAACCUCAAUUUUAUAAUCCUCAGCAAGCUACCACAUCUUCUGCCUUAGUUGGGCCUCUAUGUGGCAUCUGUUUUUUAGCCACACACACUACUGAUCAAUGCCCACAGUUGGAUGAUAGAGUUGAGAAUUGUGCUGGGAUUUUUCCAACUAGAUCUAUGCAACAGGGCCAAAAAUAUGAUCCUUUCUCUAACACUUAUAAUCCAGGGUGGAGAGAUCACCCUAAUUUCAGAUAUGGAGGAAGCCAACAACAACAAUAUAAUGCUACAGGUCAAAAUUCACAGCCUAUGCAACCAAUGAGGCAAUCUACUCCUAUUUCAGGGUCUAAAAAUGAUGGACCAAGUCUAGAAGAGUUAAUGAAGCAAAUGGCAACUAAUAACAUUCAAUUUCAACAACGCACUGAGACAGUAAUCCAAAAAUUGGAGAAUCAAAUUGGGCAGUUGUCCACCUCCGUUAAUGAAUUGAAGAGUCAAGGUUCUGGAAAGUUGCCUUCUCAAACAGUUGUAAAUCCUAAUUGUAGUAAUGUUAGUGCUAUCACUCUUAGAAGUGGAAAGGAGCUUCCAGAGCCCUCCACAACAUCUAUCAAGAAUAAGUCGGCUGCAGCAACACAAGUCACACUUGAGGAGGCUAAUGAAGAAAAGGAACCAAGGAAGAUCCUUCCAUUUCCAAAUAGGGAGACUCAAAGCAAGAAGUUAAAGGAAGCUGAAUUGGAGAAAGAAGUGCUUGAUGUUUUCAAGAAGGUUGAAGUCAAUAUUCCCCUUUUGGAGGCAGUAAAGCAAAUUCCUAAAUAUGCAAAGUUCUUGAAAGACCUAUGCACGAACAAGAGAAGAUUCAAAGCUAACGAGAAGGUCAAUCUAGGAAGAAGUGUAUCAGCUUUAUUUCAUGAAGGAAUGCAGUGCCAACCCCCUAUGCCCUUAAAAUGCAAAGAUCCAGGGAGUUUCACUAUACCCUGUACUAUAGGAAAUUUAGAAUUUUCUAACGCUUUGAUUGAUCUUGGUGCAGCGAUAAAUGUUAUGCCCAAGUCUCUAUUUUCUUCUUUGCAGGGUUGUGAGAUGAAGCCAGCCGGGAUUAUUGUCCAAUUAGCAGACAGGAGACUUGCCUAUCCUAGUGGUAUGCUUGAAGACAUUCUAGUUAAGGUAAAAGAUUUAGUCUUUCCUGCUGAUUUUUAUAUUUUGGAUAUGGGUAAAAAUGAUAGUCAUGGGCCACCACCACUGAUUUUGGGUAGGCCAUUUCUUAAGACAGCUAAUACUAUCAUUAAUGUUAAAGAUAGUACUCUUUCCAUGGAAUUUGCAGGACGUGUUGUUCAAUUUAAUCUUUUAGAGGCUAUGAAACAUCCUAUAGAGGAUCAUUCUGUUAUUAAUGUGAGCAUGCUUGAUAUGUUAAUUGAUGAUACAUAUGAUGAGCUUUACAAUGAGAUGGUUUCUAGUUCUCUUGAGAUUGUUGAUUUAGAUAGCAAUACACAUUGUUCUGACUCUAUUAUUUAUGAAGAUUCUUCUGACUGUUCUGGUUCUGAUGAUAUUGUUGAGUUAUUCAAAUCCAUGCAUGAUAUUGGCAUUGAAACUUCUAGUGACUCUGAUAUGAUUGCUUCUGACUCUGAAAGAACUAUAGACUUUGCUAUCAACUCUAUGUCAUGUAAUUCUAUUAAUAAUGAUAAUUCUAGUAUUCUAGAACAAGAUACUGCUGCUUCUUUUGAUGGAAUGCAGGUUUGUGGAGUUGAUGAGCUAACUAUCGAUAAGCUAGUUCCCUCUAUUCAGCAGCCACCUAUACUUGAAUUGAAAGAUCUACCAGAACAUUUGAAAUAUGCAUUCUUAGAUGAAGGUAAGAAAUUACCGAUUAUUAUAGCAAAGGAUUCUGAUCCUUGCCAAGAGGUAAAAUUGUUAGAGGUACUGAGAAAGCACAAGAAAGCUAUAGGAUGGACACUAGCUGACAUUCCAGGCAUCAGUCCAGAUAUAUGCAUGCAUAGGAUCUUAAUGGAAGACGGUGCAAAGCCAUGUAGGCAACCUCAAAGGAGGCUUAACCCACUUAUCAUUGAUGUGGUCAAAAAGGAGGUAACAAAACUUCUUUCUGCAGGUAUCAUUUACCCUAUUUCUGAUAGCCAGUGGGUGAGUCCAGUACAGGUAGUGCCAAAGAAGAGCGGGAUCACAGUUGUAAAGAAUGAAAAGAACGAGUUGAUUCCUAUGAGAGUGCAAAAUAGCUGGAGGAUGUGCAUCGACUACAGGAAGCUAAAUAAUGCAACCAGGAAGGAUCACUUCCCUUUACCUUUUAUUGAUCAAAUGCUAGAGAAAUUAGCAGGCAAAUCUCACUACUGUUUUCUAGAUGGUUUUUCAGGUUAUUUUCAGAUUUGCAUAGCUCCAGAGGACCAAGAGAAGACAACAUUCACAUGUCCAUUUGGCACAUUUGCUUAUAGGAGGAUGCCAUUUGGAUUAUGCAAUGCCCCAGCCACAUUCCAGAGAUGCAUGAUGAGUAUUUUUGCAGAUUUGCUAGACUAUUGCAUAGAGGUUUUUAUGGAUGAUUUUACUGUAUAUGGAGAUUCAUUUGAUGAGUGUCUAGUAAAUUUAGAUAAAGUACUUGAGCGAUGUAUUGAGAAAAAUCUUGUAUUAAACUUUGAAAAGUGUCAUUUCAUGGUUAGACAAGGUAUUGUAUUGGGUCAUGUUGUUUCUGAGAGGGGGAUAGAAGUUGAUAAGGCUAAGGUAGAUGUGAUUACUUCUUUACCUUAUCCUACUAGUGUUAGAGAGGUCCGUUCUUUCCUUGGACAUGCAGGAUUUUACAGGAGGUUUAUACAGGAUUUUAGCAAGAUAGCCUUACCACUCUCAAGAUUGCUGCAGAAAGAUGUGGAUUUCAAAUUUGAUAAAGCUUGUGAGCAAGCAUUUGAUGAGUUAAAGAAGAGAUUGACCACUCCACCAAUCAUUCAACCGCCAAAUUGGGAUUUACCUUUUGAAUUAUUAUGUGAUGCUUCUAAUUAUGCUCUUGGCGCAGUACUUUCACAAAAAGUUGAUAAGAAAUCACAUGUCAUAGCUUAUGCUUCCAGAACUUUAGAUGCAGCCCAAGCCAAUUAUACUACCACUGAAAAGGAGCUUUUAGCUAUUGUUUUUGCAUUAGAUAAGUUUAGAUCAUAUCUUUUGAAUGCAAAAGUUGUUGUGUUUUCUGAUCAUGCAGCAUUAAAGUAUCUCUUAAGGAAGCCAAAUGCAAAGCCACGAUUAGUCAGAUGGAUGCUCUUGCUACAGGAGUUUAACUUAGAGAUAAAGGAUAAGAGUGGAGCUGAGAAUUUUGUCGCAGACCAUUUGAGUCGCAUUGAAUCUCCUAUGGUUCCUUCUAUUCCUAUUGAUGAUAAUUUUCCUGAUGAAUGCUUAUAUGCUAUGCAUGAUGUUACUCCUUGGUAUGCUGACUUAGUUAAUUACUUAGCUGCCUCUGCAUUGCCUGUGCAUUUAAAGAAACAUCAAUUAGAUAAGUUCAAGAGGGAAGCUAGAUAUUACAUAUGGGAUGAUCCAUACCUUUGGCGCAUAUGUAGUGACCAGAUUAUUAGGAGAUGUAUUCCUGACCCCCAAACUAAUGGGCAAGCUGAAGUCUCGAAUCGAGAGAUAAAGCAGAUUCUUGAAAAAACAGUGCAACCUAAUAGGAAAGACUGGAGUAAGAGACUUGAUGAUGCAUUGUGGGCAUACAGAACUGCCUACAAGACUCCAAUCGGAAUGUCUCCUUAUCGGCUUGUUUUUGGGAAAGCUUGUCACUUACCUGUGGAGAUUGAGCAUAAAGCUUAUUGGGCAGUAAAGCAGUGCAAUAUGGAUUUAACUAAAGCAGGAGCCCAAAGAAAAUAUCAAUUGCAAGAGCUUGAAGAAUUUCGCUUGGAAGCAUAUGAAAAUUCAAGAAUCUACAAGGAAAAGACCAAGUUAAUACAUGAUAAGCUGAUAGUUAGAAAAGAGUUCAAGGUGGGACAAAAAGUGUUACUCUAUAAUGCCAGAUUGAAACUUAUGCCAGGAAAACUUCGUUCUAGAUGGGAAGGUCCUUUUAUAGUUACUAAAGUGUUUUCUUAUGGUGGAGUAGAGAUUAUGGCAGAAUCUACUGGAGCAAAGUUUAAAGUUAACGGGCAUCGGUUAAAGCAUUUUUAUGAUGGAUUUGAGACACACAUUGUGGAGGAGUCUUCCCUCCAAGAUAAUACUUAAUCGAUCAGGUUGUAUCAUUUCUCUUCACUUUUAAUUUACAUUUUCCUAUACAUCUUUCGAACUAUGUUCUACAUUGAGGACAUUGUAGAUUUUAAGUGUGGGGGGAGGUUUUUUGCUGUUUCUAAUUUUUUUUCUUGUUUUCAUUUUUUUUUAUUUUUGUGUUCUUGUUUUCAAAAUAAAAAAAUAAAAAAAAAUAAUUUGUGCGAAGUUGCAAAUUUAAGACAAUUUUAGUUUGAAUGCAUUUGAGCAUGAUAAGUAAUUGAUCUUAUGUUUAGAAUUUAAGUUAAGUGGCAUGAGUUUGGUUUCAAUGAAUUAAUGUGAUAGCCUUUAGCUUGUAAAGAUUUGAGCCUAAUAUUAUUCUCUUUUUGUGUGUAUUCUGCUAUCACUACUCCCACUCUAGAACUUGUCUUGAUUCUUAGUUGAGACUAUAAUUGCAUAUGCUUUGCAUGAAGAUGAUUUAGGCAUUCUUUUAGCCUACUUAGCCAAAUAGCCAUCCCAUGUAAUUUAUCCCUUGUUAGCCCCUUUGAGCCUAAACCUUUUCUUUAAAAUUUUAGCCAAUUGAAAACAUAACCUAUAAAAAUAUUUUCCUUUCAUUCUUCUCACCCCACUUUAGGUGAUGAAAAGUGUAUUAUAAUAUUUGUUGGAAUGAA